CUGAUCGAUCGAGACAGCUGAUUUUCACUGGCAGUCUGGCAAUGUUAUUCUUUUGCUGCAGGAAAAGGACAGGAACAGAUUAAUGCCAUUUAAUCAGUUUACACUUACUGCCCGCUGUAUAUUUUGCCAAUUUGACCUGAUACAAGCGUUCAUAGGCAUUUUGACGAGUUGCAGAAAUGAAUAGAUUUCGCACCUGACAUCACCACACACACAGAAAAAACACCAUUAUGCAAGUAAACGCAAAGACUUUGGCGGCGUGGAGCUGUCACCAGUGCGUUUUACCGAGGAAAUUAUUCAGUCAAACGCAGAGGAUGAUCGCUUCUAGCGCUGGCAAGAAAACCCACUACGAUUCCUUAGGGGUUGCGCCCACUGCGUCCCAGGGCGAAAUCAAGAAUGCAUAUUAUAAGCUGUCCAAAGUUUACCACCCAGAUCGCAACAAAGGGAGUCAAGAGGCAGCUGACAAAUUUAGGCAAAUUACAGAAGCUUAUGAGACUGUAGGAAAUGUACAGAAAAGAAGAAUGUAUGACAAAGGAGGACUAUUUGAAACGCAUGUCGAUAUGCAAGAAACAGAAGAGCAAAAGUCCGUUUCCAAAUUUUACAAGUCGAGAGGGAUGACUUAUACGGGUAAAACUCCCAUCUACGAUUUUGACGAAUGGUCCAGAGAGCACUAUGGGAGGACAUUCGCCAGAAGAGAAAAAGCCAAAGAACGGCACCAAUCAAAAAUUAAUUUAAACAUGAAUGUGAGAGAUCACAACGAGUCACUGACGUUUAUGCUUCUUGUGGCAUUUUCGGCUAUGAUUUUUGGCGGCUUGUUGGGCAUGAGUGGAAAGGAGGACAUUGACCGAGUUUCAGAUAAACAGAAGCACAACAAUAAAAAGGGAUGAUGUGCGUAGAUUGUUUUAGAUCUAUAAGCUGGUUGCUGGCACAACCAGAUUCCUGAAGUUAAUUUAAUUGUUGAUAAAUAGAAAAAAUUAAAACUAACAAA